AUGGCCUCCAACCUGCCCAGCAAAGACGACGUAGCAGCGCACCUACCCAGCACGACGGAGCUCAAAGACGACGUCGCCGCCGCCUCAAAGAGCAGCCUGCAGUCGCUGCGGGCGCUGGCUGCGGGCGGCGUGGGCGGCGUCUGCGCGGUGGUUGUGGGGCAUCCGUUUGAUCUGGUCAAGGUGCGGCUGCAGACGGCUGAGAAGGGCGUUUAUAAGGGCGCGAUGGAUGUGGUGAGGAGGACUGUUGCUAGGGAGGGGUUGGCGAGGGGACUGUAUGCGGGCGUGUCGGCGCCGCUCGUGGGCGUCACGCCCAUGUUCGCGGUAUCCUUCUGGGGCUACGACGUAGGCAAGAACCUCGUGCGCAGCGUCUCCCCCGUCCACAACGACCAAUACAGCGUGGCGCAAGUCAGCGCCGCCGGCUUCUUCAGCGCAAUCCCCAUGACGCUGAUAACGGCGCCCUUCGAGCGCGUCAAAGUGCUGCUCCAGAUCCAAGGCCAAAAGACGCUCGCGCCAGGCGAAAAGCCCAAAUACGCCGGCGGGCUAGACGUGGUACGUCAACUCUACCGCGAGGGGGGCGUGCGCUCCGUGUUCCGGGGCAGCGCGAUGACGCUGGCGCGGGACGGUCCGGGGUCCGCGGCCUACUUCGCCGUCUACGAGACGGUGAAGCGGCGGCUGACGCCCAAGACGCCCGACGGCGCGCCCGGCGAGCUGAGCCUCACGGCCGUCAUGGCCGCCGGCGGCGCCGCCGGCAUCGCCAUGUGGAUCCCCGUCUUCCCCGUCGACACCGUCAAGAGCAGACUCCAGAGCGCCGAGGGCACGCCCUCGAUCCGCGGCGUCGUCGGCGAGCUGUAUGCGCGCGGCGGCUUUAGGGCGUUUUUCCCGGGCAUUGGGCCGGCGAUGGCGCGGGCGGUGCCGGCGAAUGCGGCGACGUUUUUGGGGGUCGAGUUGGCGCAAAAGGCCAUGGGGCGGUUGUUUGAUUAG